UUUUAGACUCUACUGUUGUAUAUUCUUCUUCACAAUGCUCUUACGCGGUGUAUGCCUUGCUCUUCUCAUUCUAGUCACAAUCGUUCAAUGCCAAAAUGAUAAUGAUCUGAAAGAAGAAAAACGGAGAAUAGGUCUCCGACUCCCCAAUUUUCUACGAUUCAAAGAUCCUGAUGCUCUGAUGAUUCACAAAAGACGAAUUGGUCUCCGGCUCCCCAACAUGCUAAAGUUUAAAGAUAGCAGUAACAUGUACCACUUGGAAAAGCGCCGAAUGGGGAUGCGUCUUCCAAAUAUCAUUUUCCUUCGUAACGAAAAAAAGAAUGUACUUGAGUAUUAAUGAUGAUGAUUUUCGUUUAUCUUUUUUUUAUUUCUAAUUUUUAUACGUAUUUUUAAUUUUCAAAUAAAAUCAUCAUCAAACGUUA